UUCUCUCUCUCUCUCUCAGUCUCUUGCCGUAGCGAUCUCCUCUCUCCUUUUCUCUCUCUUUCUCUCUCUCUCUCUCUGUCUCUUGCCGUAGCGAUCUCCUCUCUCUCCCCCGGACCCCGCAGCAUAACCCCCUGCACGGAUAGACCUGGCCUUUAUCGUUAUAAAGAUGAAUCCACCGUGGAAUAUCCAGAGAUGCUAUUAUCCCCACCACGAGCCGGCAACACAGACAAUGAGUUCCCAGUCCUGAGGUGAAUCAGUCCAGAGUUACUGCAGUCCUGAGGUGAAUCAGUCCAGAGUUACUGCAGUCCUGAGGUGAAUCAGUCCAGAGUUACUGCAGUCCUGAGGUGAAUCAGUCCAGAGUUACUGCAGUCCUGAGGUGAAUCAGUCCAGAGUUACUGCAGUCCUGAGGUGAAUCAGUCCAGAGUUACUGCAGUCCUGAGGUGAAUCAGUCCAGAGUUACUGCAGUCCUGAGGUGAAUCAGUCCAGAGUUACUGCAGUCCUGAGGUGAAUCAGUCCAGAGUUACUGCAGUCCUGAGGUGAAUCAGUCCAGAGUUACUGCAGUCCUGAGGUGAAUCAGUCCAGAGUUACUGCAGUCCUGAGGUGAAUCAGUCCAGAGUUACUGCAGUCCUGAGGUGAAUCAGUCCAGAGUUACUGCAGUCCUGAGGUGAAUCAGUCCAGAGUUACUGCAGUCCUGAGGUGAAUCAGUCCAGAGUUACUGCAGUCCUGAGGUGAAUCAGUCCAGAGUUACUGCAGUCCUGAGGUGAAUCAGUCCAGAGUUACUGCAGUCCUGAGGUGAAUCAGUCCAGAGUUACUGCAGUCCUGAGGUGAAUCAGUCCAGAGUUACUGCAGUCCUGAGGUGAAUCAGUCCAGAGUUACUGCAGUCCUGAGGUGAAUCAGUCCAGAGUUACUGCAGUCCUGAGGUGAAUCAGUCCAGAGUUACUGCAGUCCUGAGGUGAAUCAGUCCAGAGUUACUGCAGUCCUGAGGUGAAUCAGUCCAGAGUUACUGCAGUCCUGAGGUGAAUCAGUCCAGAGUUACUGCAGUCCUGAGGUGAAUCAGUCCAGAGUUACUGCAGUCCUGAGGUGAAUCAGUCCAGAGUUACUGCAGUCCUGAGAAACGAAGAAGGUGUUUGUCUGCCAAUCCUGUCCCUCCCCCUGGCUACAGAAAGGGGUGUGUCUGGUCAUCCGGUCCCUCCCCCUGGCUGCAGGCUGUAGAAAGGGGUGUGGACUGUCCCGAUGGAGGCGGGACAGCCAUCACCUGACAGCAGUAGUGAAGAGUGUACAGUACUGGAGGCUCUACCAGACAAGGGACUGGCCUGUCACACACACACUGGCAAGGUGACGGAGCUGUACUGUUCAGGGUGUGAGGUGUGUGUGUGUGAGGUGUGUGUGUCGGGGGAGCACGCGGACCAUCCCACGCUACCUUUAUUAGACUUUCUGGAGACACACAGAGACGGUCUGCAGGAGAGACUGACUGCUGCAGAGAACAGGCUGCCUCAGAUCUCGGAGGCCCUGGUGUCUCUGAGAGAGAUCCUAAAGCAGCUGACCAAUCAGAGAGAUUUGAUCGAGGAGGACAUCCACGUCAGCUUUGAAGAGCUCCACAAGACCCUGGACGUCAGGAAGAGUGUACUACUGAUGGAGCUAGAGGUCACCUACGGACUGAAACAGAAGGUUCUGCAGGCCCAGCUGGACACCCUGCUCCAGGGCCACAGGGGUAUCGCUGACACCUGUACCCAGACAGAGGAGGCCCUGAGCGGAAAGGCCAGCGCUGCAAGCCUGCAGGCUGAGAGAGGCCUUGGGGAGAGGCUGGGGGAGCUGGCCAGCCAAGGGUUACCAUUCCAGGCUGAGGAGAAUGAUCAACUGGACUUAGUGAUGGAGGCAGAGGGGCUGAGGAAGUCGAUCCACAACCUAGGGACAAUUGUCACUACCAGACGACCAAUCCUGUCUGCUGAGGUGUGUACUCCAGAUGGCAGCGUGGCGGACGGGGAGAUACUCGACCACAAGAACGGGACAUAUGAUUUUGUUUACACUGUAAACAAGGAAGGGGAGUUCUCAUUGGCUCUCCGGCUCUAUGACCAGCACAUCAAAGGAAGUCCCUUCAGUCUCAGAGUUACCAGGUCCCCGGACCCUGAGGUGUCUCCCCCCACCACCACAGCCACCUCUCUGGCGGCCACCGCCACCCCGUCUACAGGCUCCUCUGAGGGGGCUAAGAGGAGAGGAAAGUCCCCUGGGUCCGGGAGUAAGAAGAAAGGGUCCAGGAGGACAGGCAGUGCCCUGGGGACACCCAGACGCAAAGAGAACCCCAUCGAAGAUGACCUCAUCUUCAGGAUCGGUACCAAGGGGAAGAAUAAAGGAGAGUUCACUAACCUGCAGGGUGUGUCGACGUCCUCCAAUGGCAGGAUUCUAAUAGCAGACAGCAAUAACCAGUGUGUUCAGAUCUUCUCUAAUGACGGCGAGUUUAAGAGUCGUUUCGGGGUGAGGGGCCGGUCGCCAGGGCAACUCCAACGACCAACGGGUGUGGCCGUUCACCCCAACGGUGACAUCAUCAUCGCCGACUACGACAACAAGUGGGUCAGCAUCUUCUCCAGCGAGGGCAAGUACAAGGCCAAGCUGGGCUCUGGUAGGCUGAUGGGACCGAAGGGCGUGUCCGUGGAUCAGAACGGUCACGUGAUCGUUGUGGACAACAAGGCAUGCACCGUCUUCAUCUUCCAGCCAACCGGCAAGCUCGUUACUAAGUUCGGUAGCCGCGGCAACGGAGACAAACAGUUCGCAGGUCCUCAUUUUGCGGCAGUCAACAACAACAAUGAGAUCAUAGUGACAGACUUUCACAACCACUCAGUCAAGGUGUUCACCCCAGAGGGAGAGCUGCUGCUGAAGUUUGGAUCUAACGGAGAGGGCAACGGUCAGUUUAAUGCUCCUACAGGCGUGGCCGUCGAUGUGAAUGGGAACAUCAUUGUAGCUGACUGGGGCAACAGCCGUAUACAGGUGUUUGACGGUAGUGGCUCCUUCCUGUCCUAUAUCAACACAUCAGCUGACCCUCUCUACGGACCUCAGGGUCUGGCUCUCACCUCUGAUGGACACGUGGUGGUGGCCGACUCUGGAAACCACUGCUUCAAGGUCUACAGAUACCUACAGUAG